GGAGUGCAACACCUCUCGACAACCUGGUCGCUGGUUUCAGACUUGUAAUACAUAAGCUGCAUCGCAAUGAGCUUGAUGAUUGCCGCAGGCCCUGCAGUGCACAGCCGCUCGGGUUUGUGCAAGCGACUCACACUCGCCAAACCGCACUCAUCGCGGCGACGCUGCGCUCUACGCGUCAUGGCCGCGACCGGGGAGGCAGCAAAGCCCAGAGUGGUCAUCUGCGGCGGCGGCAUCAUCGGCGCCGCCACCGCCUACUACCUGGCGCGCACGGGCGGCCCUGAAGUGGCCCGCCGCGUGAUGGUGGUGGAGCGGGAGGCGCCGGCGUGCGCGGCGUCCGGCAAGGCGGGCGGCUUCCUGGCCCUGGACUGGAACGACUCCUCGCCCGUGGGCCCGCUAGCGCGCCUGUCGUACCGCCUGCACCCGCAGCUGGCGGCGGAGCUGCGGGAGCAGCUGGGGAGAGACGUGGGGUACCGCACCGUGCACACGUGGCAGGUGGUGGGCGUGGAGGCGGUGCCGGCCGGCGCCAAGGGCGGGCGGCUCCGCGGCAGUGAGGCGCUGCCGGACUGGGUGGACGGCAACGUGAUGGGAUCCAGCGAGAUGGGCGACACAGACUCCACAGCGCAGGUCCACCCGGCGCUGCUGACGCGCGCGCUGCUGGACGGCGCGGUGGCGGCGGGCGCGCGCCUGGUCACUGGCUGUGUGCAGGGGCUGCAGCUGGAGGCGGCGGGGGCGGAGGAGCAGGGGCGGCGGGUCACAGGUGUGGUGGUGGACGGCGAGGUGCUGCCGGCUGACGUGGCGGUGGUGGCGAUGGGCCCUUGGUCCGACGCCGCCCGCGCCUGGCUGGAGGGAGCGGCCGCGCCCGGGGCCGUGCCGCACAUCACCGGGCAAAAGUACCACAGCGUGGUGUUGCGGCCCGAGCAACCCGUCACCAACCACAUGCUGUUCACCGGAUUCAAAUACGCAUCAGGCCGUACGGUUGAACCCGAGGUGUAUCCGCGCCCCGACGGCACCGUGUAUGUCUGUGGGGAGCCGCAGGCUCUGCCGGUGCCGCCCAGUCCGGCCGAGGUGGUGGUGGAGGGACAGCUCAUCGACAACAUCCGCCGAGUGGCGGGCAGCCUGGCGUCCUGUCUCAAAGAGGCCCCAGUGGAGGCGCAGCAGGCCUGCUACCUGCCGUGCGCGCCGGACUCGCUGCCUGUGAUAGGGCCGGUGCCAGGCGUGGCCGGCGCGUUCCUUGCCACGGGCCACACCUGCUGGGGCAUCCUGAAUGCCCCCGCCACGGGGCUGGUGAUGGCGGAGAUGAUUCUGGAGGGGAAGGCGAAGAGCGUGGACGUGCGGCCGUUUGCGCCGGCGCGCUUCGUGCGUGGCGCCGCGGGGGCGGGGGCGCGGCGGUAGGCGCCGAUGUGGCUUUGGGGAAGCCGGAGGAUGAGGAGACGAUGCCGAGUAAUGCUAGCAAGGCCACCAACGGCCAUCGUUAUUAGAUGCUUACUGUCAUAUCUACGCACAUUCUCCACGCGAUUCCUGUAAAGCUGCGCAACC